CGCGGAAGUAAACUUCGAUUCUUUUUUUUUUCCGUUGGUGGUUUUAACGUCGCUCAUUAUCAAAACAAACAAACAUUUGAAGAAAUACAAUGGCAGUCAAUGCGGUUCAUUUGGAGUCGGAUGCGUUCCUGGUGUGUAUGAAUCACGCUUUGAGCACGGAAAAAGAAGAGGUGAUGGGUUUGUGUAUCGGAGAAGUGGAAGUCACCCGGAUCGUUCACAUCCACUCUGUCAUCAUCCUCCGCCGCUCGGACAAGAGGAAAGACCGAGUGGAGAUCUCCCCGGAGCAGCUGUCGGCCGCCUCCACGGAGGCGGAGAGGCUGGCCGACAUGACGGGCAAGCCGAUGCGAGUGGUGGGCUGGUACCACUCCCAUCCGCACAUCACCGUGUGGCCCUCGCACGUCGACGUGCGGACUCAGGCGAUGUACCAAAUGCUGGAUCAGGGCUUUGUGGGCCUUAUCUUCUCCUGCUUCAUCGAGGACAAGAACACCAAGACGGGCCGCAUCCUUUACACCUGCUUCCAGUCGGUGCAGGCCCAAAAGGGUUCUGAGUACGAGCGUGUGGAGAUCCCGAUCCACGUCGUUCCCCGCGAGGCCAUCGGUAAAGUGUGCCUGGAGUCGGCGGUGGAGCUGCCGCGGAUUCUGUGUCAGGAGGAGCAGGAUACAUACCGCAAGAUCCACAGCCUGGCCCACUUGGACCCGGUAACCAAGAUCCACAACGGAUCCGUAUUCACCAAGAACCUGUGCAGCCAGAUGUCGGCGGUGAGCGGGCCUCUGCUGCAGUGGCUUGAGGACCGUCUGGAGCAGAACAAGCAGAGCAUCGUGGAACUGCAGCGGGAGAAGGAGAGGCUGAAGAAGGAGCUCAGUGCCCUCUUGAGUGGGGAGGGGACGGGAUAGGGCCACUCAUGAACUUUCUGGUUGUUUUGUCCGCCCCCCAUAACUUCCGGCCUGGGCUAGCAGCUAAAUGCUAACCUAUCUUAACAACCACAGCUGUCCCGUUUUCAUGUCGUUGUAUAGUUUUGGGGAGUGUAAUGUUUAAACCUCCAUUUGUCGAUGCUCUACCUAUGCAGUUGUACCUAAUGUCAAGUUUUUGCCCUCAACACAAGGAAGAAAAUAGAAACACCCGUACAUUGGGGCACUUUAUAAGUCAAGGUACUAUAUUAUAUGGCCAUAUCCUUCCAGGCAGUGGUAAAGCUAAAUGCUAAGCGAAAUUUUGUUUCCGAAUGAAUUAAAGAAAUGUGCCUUUGGAGUAAUGGACGUACCCUUGUAACACUAUGGAAAAACAUUUAGCAUUUUUUUCAAUAUCCUAGUGCACUGAAUUGCCAGUGUCUCUACUAGUAUGCUAUUUGUUCGCAGUCGUAAGACUAUUCAGUGCACGAGUAAACAAAACAAAACAAACUAGGGCACACUAGGUAAACGACUCUUAGUAGUCCCAUGUUUUUCACUACUGUGUGACAUUUAUGCACACUAUUAGAACAAAUAGGGUACACUAAAUCUAAUCAAACUUUAUUUAUAACCACGUCAUUCAGUGACAUGCAACUCAAAGUGCUUUACAUAGUUCAAAUCAAUCAAUACAUAUUAGAUAUACUAUACUAGAACAACUGUGUUACUGGUAAGGCAAAACUGCACUUGUUGACAACUGUGCUACAAUUACUUGGAGUGAUGUUAAAUUUCUACGAGUAAACAUCCAGCGCUUCACUAGCAGUAUUACUAGCGUACAGUUAUAAGCUAGUGCAGUUUUGCCAAACUAGUAACACGUUCUACGAGUGCGCCCUAUUCGUUCUACUAGUGUGUGUGCUGAAUUGUCUUACUCCUGGGGAUGAAAUGCGUAGUUUUUGGGCUGAUCAAACUGAAUGUGAAAAUAUCUAAUUUUAAUUUUCAUUGCGGAUAAAAAAAAUCUUCCAUUCACUUUUGAGUUUAUAGGACUUCAGUUUCAAAUAAAUUCAAUUUCAAAUUACACUUCAGAUUGUUUGUAAUUGCAAUGUUUCAAAUUAAACAAUACAAAUUUUAA